CCAAUUGCCGAUCUUCAAAUUAGGUACAGACAUACAGGCAGACGACGUACGCUGCGGCACGAGUGCACGCGCAACUCCAGUUCUGUGACCUUCCAAACGAUACCUGCGUUGCCCCUAGCCCGGAACCAUGGGGCGCUUGCCAAAAGGGUUUAAGAAGAGUGCUGGUAAGCCGCACGAGGUGGAGGACGAGGCGGCGCCCGCCGCGGCGCCGGAGCACGAGCAUGCGAAGGAGGAGGCCGCCAAGCCCGCCCACGCUCCGGCACCUGCGGCCCCAGCCCCCAGCAAGCCAGCGGCGAAGGCGGAGGAGCACGCCGCGCACUCUGACAGCGAUGAUGACAGUGACGACGGCGGCGAGAAGGGCCCGGAGACGCGCGGAAAGAUGCUGCAGCGGCACAAGAAGGAGAUGGCGGCUCACAAGAAGGUGGUGCAGAAGCUAGGCAGCAAGAAGAAGGACGAGGCAGCGAAGCUGACGGCAGAGAUGGAGGCGCGUCACGCUCGUGAGCUCAAGGAGCUCGACGCGCGGGAGAAGGCGGCGGCGGCGGCCCCAGCGGCGGCGACCCCGGCGGCGGUGGCAGCAGGUGCUGGCGCUGCGGCCGAGGCGGACGGAGCGGCGGAGGCGCUGGAUGGGCUGGCGCUGGGAGGCGGGCAUAAGAAGCCCACCAAGGCUCAGAAGCGGAGGGAGAAGCACGCGCAGCAGGAGGCUGAGCGGCAGGCGCGCAUUGCCGAGGAGCUGGCGGCUCUGGGCCCCAGCGACAAGGCGCUGGAGGAGGAGCGGCUGGCCGACCUGCUGGCGCCGCUGGGGCUGGCCAUCCGGGAGAUACGGGCGGACGGGCACUGCAUGUACCGCGCGGUGGAGGACCAGCUGGGUCAGGCCGGCGGCGCCGCCUCCGCACCCGACCACCUGGCCCUGCGCAAGCUGGCAGCGGCGCACAUCCGGGCGCACGCGGACGACUUCCUGCCCUUCAUCUUUGACGAGGACGAGAAGGGCGAGCCCGCGGAGCAGCUGGAGGCAUACUGCGAGGAGCUGGAGAGCACGGCGGUGUGGGGCGGCCAGCUGGAGCUGGGGGCGCUGGCGGCGGCGCUGAGGCGGCAGAUCAAGGUGCACGCGCUGGGCAUGCCCACCGUCACACUGGGGGACGAGCACGCCGCCUCCGGGGGCCCGCCGCUGCAGCUGUGCUACCUGCGCCACGCCUUCGGGCUGGGCGAGCACUACAACAGCGUCAGCCCGCUGGCCAAGGCCCCCGCCGACUCGGAGGAUGCGACGUAGGAUGCGUUGGGGCUGUCCUGUACAGGGGAGGCACCCGACUUGUAGGCUGUCGUAGGCUGCGGAAUGGAUGGGUGUGUGUGGGGGUUGUAGAUACCAGCCCAGACUAAAGCGAGCCAAAGAGCGAGGAGGAGAGCGUGGGCGAUGCUUUGAUCACGGAGGGUGGGUGUUGAGGUGGUGGGGCCGUGGCGGAGGUGGUGGGGGGGCGGCCUGCGGGGCCAUGGGGUUGUGCACGAACGUCAUGUGCGGCGCAUGGUUGCACAGGGUGGCGAGACAAACGCGGUGGCCACUGGAGGCGCCCAGUUUCCCGCCCAAGGAGGGCUCCGGAUGUUACAAAGUCCUGCGACUGGCAGGGUGUGCGCGCCAAGGCAAUGAGGGAGGCUACAGCAUGGGCACGCCCCAUGCGUAUGGAUGGCGGCGUUGAGACGG